AUGAGGCUGAUGAGCAUAGCCUGGAACGAGGAAGCGAAACCCCCAGUGCUAACGCCUGGGCUCGGCGUCCCCAGCAGCGCCCGGCGGCUCAUUCAGCGCCUGCCUCCCACACGGACGCUGCUGCCCAGGGAGCGGUCCGGCCCCGGAGGGGUCCCAGCAGCGCCAUGGCGCAGCCUGUCCGGCUCCCGCUGCCGAUCCUGGCCUGGUGCGCGCCUUGCAGCUCUGGCAGGGGCUGCGCAGGGCUCGUUUGAGGUGACCGUUUCGCCGGAAGCUGCCAUGGUGGAGCACGGAGGGUCCGUCUGGAUAAACUGCAGCACCACGUGCCAGGAUCCUGGAGCCAGGGGUGGCCUGGAGACCUCGCUCACCAAAGCCAAUAGUAAAAGUGGACCCAGGUGGGCAGCCUUUCACCUCGUCGCUAUCACGGAGUGGGUGUCGGCCCCUCAGUGCUACUUCAUCUGCAGUAAUGAUACGAAGGUGGCGGCUGCAAACAUCUCCUCUUACCGGGUGCCGGAGCGAGUGGUGCUGGAGCCACUCCCCAAGAUGGAGCUGGGACGGGCCUAUAACCUGACGUGCUGGGUUCUGAACGUGGCUCCCGUCACGCACCUCACCGUGACUCUCCGCCAGGGGGCACGGACCCUGCACACGGAGACCUUCCAGAACCAUACUGGGACUGGACCCAACGACAUCCCAGUGACCCAUGAGAUCACCCCUCGGCGCUGGGACCACGGGCAGGAGAUCACCUGCCACACAGCCCUGGACCUGACGCCACACGGGCCCCACUUCGAAAACAGCUCCUCUGCGGUGGAACUCAAGGUUUAUGAUCUCCCAGAGGAGCCCCAGCUCCUAACCUCCCUCUAUAUCGAGGUGGGCACCAGGGCACCCGCCCGCUGUGGGGUAGCCGGGGUCUUUCCAGCUGCAGGAGAGGCCCGGUUCACCCUGUCCUUUGGGGGAGAGAGUCUGAACUUCACCGUCACCACGUCGGGCGACACGGCCACCGCCCAGGGCGAGGUUUGGUCCCCGUUCCCGGGACAGCGCGAGCUGAACUGCACCGUGACCAUGGGGCCCGUGUCCAGAUCCGCAGGGCGGAGCGUUCACAUUUACAGUCUCCCCAAGCCUGUCCUGGAGGUAACUGAGUCCCGGACCCUCGUUAACAGCAGCGUGACCGUUACGUGCCGUUCUCCUGAGGCCGAGCCCCUGGGCGUCCUGCUCCAGCUCAGAGAUGCCAAGGGAGUCCUGGUCCCCAGCGCCCCCGCCCAGCCCCCUGUGCAGUUCCAGCUGACGGCUGGCGAGGAAGACGACGGGAGGGAGUUCACGUGUGAAGCAAGGCUUCACUCAGGCAUCCCGGCUGUGAAACACACGUCCGCCAGGCUCACUGUCCUCUACGGGCCCAGGAUGGACGACUCCGGCUGCCCCAGGGAGUGGAUCUGGAAGGAGGGGACGGAGCAAAACUUCUCCUGCCUGGCCCGGGGGAACCCAGCGCCAGCCGUGGAGUGCACGAAGGACGGGGUGUCCAUCAGCAUCGGGGUGCAGCGGCAGGUCAGGAGAGAGGAUGCUGGGACCUACCACUGCAAAGCAUCCAAUGCGCAUGGCUCAGCCAGCCGGGAUGUGACCGUCCAGGUGGAGUACUUCCACAUCCUGCCGUUGGUCCUGGGGCUGGUAGGUGCGGCUGCUGCUGGGGCCGGACUAGCCGUGUGGGGCUACAUGUACUAUCGCUCCAAGAGAAUCCGCAAGUACCGCCUGAGACAGCAGCAGGCCAAGCUUGUCGAGCAGGGCAAGCCGGCCGAGCAGAGGAGCCUGAACGGGGCCGCCCAGAGCCCACCGGAUGUGGAGCACAGUGUCUAGCCUGGAGUGCAGGACCCAGAGCCCUGGGGCUCCUGGCUGCUGCUUUACCCCUUCGCCCGAGGGGUGGCCCCGUUAACCCUUGGGAUGCUGGGCAGUGCCAAGAGCCUGGCGGUUCAUGGCCUCUGCGCUGGCAGCCCGGGGCCCUCCCUUGCACACACCAGCUGCUCUCUGGAGAGGGAGGGAGGUGCCCGGCGCUGGGAAGACACCCCAGGACGUCCAGGGCUGGAAUCUCCCAUGUCCUUGGCCAGAGGGACGUCUGGCUGCAGCUGAGCUCUGCCCCACUGGAGAAGCAGGUGGCUGGGAGACCCCAGGCCCAGCAGGAAACACUAAGUCGGAACAGUUGUGUCGGGAGAGGAACGGCGUUAACGGCCACCUCUAACCACUUCUCCUAGCAAUGGGGAAGGUGCCUUCGAGCCGCACACGAGCUCUGCCCCAGCUGGGGAGGCGGCCGCCCGGGGCACGUGCGAAUGGAUCCACGGGACCACUGUGAAAACUGUUCAACACUAACCAGACGGGCUUUGGGAUUGCCGGAUCUGUGCAACUGAGACGGGCCGGGGGGUCCGUUCUCGGAUCAGCUGAAUUGCAAGACCCUACGUCCUCCCUCACCCCCCUGUAUCCCCAGCCACGGAGCAGACUCAGAGAUACCAGGUCUCCCUCUCCUGUGGGGAUGAGCUGGGCACGGUGUGGCAGGGACCAGGAUCUGUGCUCCUCAGGCUGGGAUGGGAGGGGGCAGGGGGUCAAUGAUGUUAAUAACUGGAAGCGAACCCCCCCGUCAGUGUGAAGAGAGUGUAAGGGAGAGACUCUGGCAGGGGGCGAAGGGAACUGUUUCUAUGUUACAGGCAAACGGUGGUAAAUUCCCCUGCGGGACUUUUCCGACCCUGCGGCUCGUUUGUUGUUGUCAGGGGGCUGGAGAGCAGCUGGCCCCGGAGCCAUCAGAGUUAAAGGGCCGGUGGCGUUUGCAGAGCGUCUCGGGGCCGGGAUUGCCAGCAGAGCCCCGGCGCGUUGUGGGGCAUGAAGAAGCUGUCUGGCCAAACUGGCUGUUCUCGGGGUGCCUCGCUGGGGACUGGCUCUGGGGAACCCUCCUCCCCUGCGGGUGGGGGCUGAGCCCCUGGGACGGUCCAGCCUUUCAGCACAUCACCCCUCUGCUGAUCCCAGCAGGUCAGGCCCGGGGCAGAGAACAGGAACGACCAGCCCUGGAGACUCUGCCAUGCAGGGAACUGAUCAGGGGCCCUGUGCUGGGGUGAUCCAGGCCCCACGCUGCAGAGGAGGGUGGAAAAGCCCCCAGGGCUCCAGCCACACUGAGCUGGGGGAAAUUCCCUCCCUAGCCCCACUCUGACAGCCCUGAGCGUGAGUCAGCCUCGCCCAUCGGCAGCUGGAGGAAGGAGCAGCUCAGAGCCUGGCCCAGCCCCGCCCCGCCUGCGUCCUGCCAGGUAAUGCCCAUUUUGCACGGCACACGCUGCAGGGCAGAGACCUGGCCCUGCAACGUCCUGGAGACCCGGGCGCCUGGCAGCUACCGCAUGAUGGAUCACAGGCCACACAGAGGCUGGGGCGACAGGAGCAUUGCCGACUGGGGAGAUUGUCCACCCGGGUCGAGCCAGGAGCUAGAAUCACGGAGAACCGAGUGCAGGCCGGCUAACGAGAAGGAGGCUGUGCAAAUAAAGGAUGA